AUGAAGUCGAAAUACCUUCCACCAUGCAUGCGCUCCCUCUGGAACUCAUACCAGAAUUCACGUCGACGUCCUUCCAACUCAGCGAGCUCAUCCCGCAACCUCGAUGAGAUCCACGAUAACCAGGGCUUUAGAAAGGCCUUGGUGGUACUCGCCACGGAGGACCCACGAUUGCAGCCUUUCGUGGAUCUGCUCAACGCAAAUGACGACCCCGAUGUCGACCACACAGAGGAUAUCAAGCGUGCGCUGGAUGAACUACGACGAACUAACGAGAGAGAGUUGGCUGGCAAAGACACGAAACAGAACACCCCGAUAUUGAGCGCUUCUCCAUUCAGCGAGCUCAGGAAUGCGGGUUUUCACGUGUCCGAUGACGAAGUGCAGAGCGUUGACUUUGUCGGCGACCCGGAGUUCCAUAAUUGGGGAUUCACAGUCAAAUUCAAGCCCUCAUGGACGCUGGUCGUGAGAUCGAUUAACGGAGUUUGCCAGGUCGUUAAGUGGGCAUCACAGACGGGUAGGAAGGUGCGGGUGGCGGGUUUCCGGCAUACUUGGACUGAGUUAUAUGGGAAUAACGGGGACAUCAUGAUCAUGUUCCUCCCAAUCGAGACUCUGGUCAAACUGCCAUACGAGCUGCCUCCGAAGAGCUGGUCAACUGAACUAUCUGGCAUUGAAGUUGUUCCGGCUGUAGUUGAUCGUGUCGCUCCCCCAGGACACGCGUUUGUCAAAAUAAUGGCUGGUACCAGUAACGAUCAGCUUCGUCAAUGGAGCUUCGACAACAAAGCAUGGUGCAUGCCCUUCAAUGUCAUCAUGGUUGAGGUCACUCUCGGCGGUACGAAUGCUGUCAUAUGUCACGGCUCAGGUUUCUCCACUUCGACUCUAUCUGAUCUAGUGGCUGAGAUCUGUUAUGUCGAUGCUCGGGGUACGCUCCAGUCAAUCACCGACCCAGACGAGUUGCGCGCUGCGAGUGGCAGCUUUGGGCUGCUUGGAGUCGUCACGUCAGUGACGCUGCAGUUAGACGCAAUGGGUGUUGCAGAACUUGUUCCCACGAAGCUGUCCCUGCCUCUCGCGAUUCCUCCCCCGAAAGGAUACCCAAUUCCUGAGGAAAUACAGAAGAUGAUAAAGAAGGAGAAAAUCACCGAUUCCCAACUCGAGCAAGCGCGUUUGAAUUUCAUUCAGAGAUGCGAAGAAGACUAUUAUCUUGAAUGGUUUUGGUUCCCAUACGAGGACACAGUAUGGGUUAAUACAUGGAAGCGGCGUGACUUGACUGCAAAUGAUAUGGAUCUGAAACCAUAUCCCGACACUGGAUUGGACGGGGUAACGUCUCAGAAUCUUCAAGAAGAUGCUGCUGAGAUCAUAACAACUACAUUCCUUUGGAAGGCUCUCCCCGCAUACUGGCAGGCACGUCUCUUGGCGAUAGCGACCAUGGCCAUAUUACCCAGCGUGAAGAGUGACAAGGACGCCAUUGUAACGUAUGUAAGCGAGGCGCUACACUUCAGGCGUGGUAUCCAGAAUUUCCGCUGCUGGGAUUCAGAAUGGGAAGUACCUAUCGGCUCGAUCAAUGGCCAAAGAGACUACGAAACUAUCCAGCGCGCUUGGUGGGAUGGUCUUUCUUCCGUAUAUAGCCGUAGCAAGGAGGCGCCGAUGCGCCUCACGUUUGAGAUGCGGCUGAUGGGAUGCUCGAACGUUCUGCUCGCUCCACAGCGAGGCAACACGCAGGGCACCAUAUCCAUCGAGAUGCUCACUACUCUGGCGACUCCCCAAGACGAAUGGGCGUCGUUCAUCCAGCUCGUCGCUGAUAAAUGGACGAAUUACAACGUAAAGGACGAUUCUGGAAAGCUGCUAUAUCCACGUCCACACUGGGCGAAACAAUGGAGCGGCUUGCGCGUGCACGGGAAGCCUAUCGAGCAAUAUCUGAAGGAGGACGCGUACGGGAGUGCAUUUGCAGAAUUCAAAGCCUCAUUCCAGAACAUCCUCACGAAGCGUGGGCUUACUGUGGACGAAACUCGAGCGCGGUUUGGCAAUACACUACUGGAUGGGCUGAUCUUUGACUGA